AUGAAGGUUUUGGAGGAAUCAUCUCCAGUAGGUCAUGAAGACCUUCUCCGAGAAGAGGUCGAAGGAUCUUUGGUGGUUCUUUCUCGACGAGGAAAGAUUUCAGAGAUGGCAGGAAGUAAGAGCAGCAGUAGAAAUUCGUUAGUCUCUCUCAUAACAGAGCCGGCAACGAAUGAGCAAAUUCCGAAUCAUCAUCUCCUCUUGAAGCCAGAGGUUGAACUCUCAAGCGAUGAUAACCUUGAAAAUACCACUGUUACAACGAAUGGCCUUAAUAUGAACUUGCUUACUCCACCUCCGACUCCCUCUUCAAAGACUUUACCCUUUAUCAUGUGUCCAUUUGCAUACAUACCACCAAGCCAUGCACGACAACGAAGGCAUUCAUCCCAUGAAGCCAUGACCAUCACAGAUAUUGAGGAUGAAGGUGGAGACUCGAUGAGUUGUUUCAUCAACACGCCCUCAACGGCAGUAUCAUCAUCAUCAGCAAGAAGUAGUGGUGGUAUGAAUGGAGUACAAGAUUCUUCCACCACAAACAUCAGUAGCAGCAGUGGCAGUAGCAACAAUAUCAUGAUUGGAAACAACAACACUUCUUCAUGCCUCUAUUCAUCCUUAAUGAUGAAUCGAAGGGCUCUGAUAAAUUCAAAGGAUGCAUCCACUACUGAGUCCGCAAGUGUAGCAACAACUGCUUUGCCUUCCAACCACGGCAGCAGCUCUUCCGUGUUAAAGACAGUCAAACAUGGCAGAAAAUGUACUUUAUUGAGACAUCAACGAUCCUCGUGGCAUGCUCAUACUAAACACUCGAGCUCUACCAAUCGACUUCUCGAUUUUCAAAUGCAACGUCAGCCACUUCCUUUGAGAACAUUGUUACUGAGCGGCCGACACCACGACGUUACCCUAGACCAACAACAUCACAAACAUCAUCAUCAUCAUCACAAUCACACCCAUCCACACGCUCAACAUACACAGCCACAACCCAAGAGCUCCACACUCCCAACAACAACAACUGUAUCCAACCAUUCCGUCAAAACAAGGCGUUCUAGCUCGAAUAGUAGUGGCAUACCUAGUGGCCAACAUACACAAGAAUCCGACUCUUCCGACUCUCGUUCCUUAACAGAAGAAUCAAUAUCGGUACGAUCUUUUGAUUCAUCCCUUGAUGAGCCAGUAACUUCUCCAUUUUCUUUUCUUCAUGACUUUUCUCCAGUUGUAAAUACAUCUUCCACCACGAUUCUGUUCAAACCCUACAACCAUGACAGCAGGUACAAGAGAGAAGGAGCAGGUUUUUCAGAGAGUGAGAUUGCUACCUUGCUGAUCAUUCUGUUUAUUAAGAUGAUUUUAUUAUUGGUUCAUUUGGUGUCUCCCAAAUUUUCUGAAUGGAUUCGAAAAUGUUGCUUCUCGUAG